UCCAUCAUGGACUUUUACUACCAUCCGUGCUCGGCUCCUUGUCGCUCUGUUAUGAUGACCGCCAAGGCCUUGGGUGUGGAGCUGAACCUGAAACUCAUGAAGGUCAUGGACGGAGAGCAGCUGAAGCCGGAAUUCGUGAAGCUUAAUCCUCAGCACACCAUCCCAACUCUGGUGGACAAUGGGUUCUCCAUUUGGGAAUCCCGUGCAAUAUUGGUAUACCUGGUGGAGAAGUAUGGCCAGGAUGACUCACUCUAUCCCAAGGAUCCUGAAAAGAAGGCCGUGGUUAAUCAAAGACUCUACUUCGACAUGGGCACAUUGUUCCACAGUUUCGUUCAGGCCAUUUAUCCUCAGAUACGGAGCAACGCACCAGCCGAUCCGGAGGCCAUGAAGAAGGUGGACAGUGCCUUCGAUCACCUGAACACCUUCCUCGAGGGUCAGGACUAUGUGGCCGGUGAUUGUCUCACCGUGGCAGACAUUGCCCUUUUGGCCUCUGUAUCUACCUUCGAGGUGGUGGACUUUGACAUUGGCCAGUAUUCGAAUGUGUCCAGGUGGUAUGAGAAUGCCAAGGAAGUCACUCCCGGCUGGGAGGAGAAUUGGGAAGGUGUUCAGCUAAUUAAGAAGUUUGUCGAUGAAAGCCGUCAAAAGGAGUAAUUUAAAAACGAAAGUAUCGGAAUAACCACAGGCCUCAGCACAUU